AUGUUAACGUUCAAAAUCUUUCCUCGUCAGAUCUUGCUAACAAGUGUAAUUUGCCAGACCAUCAACUUGGUGAAUGGCUAUUGUAUCAGGUAUACGGGAGGCCCAUGCCGAGAAACUCAGACUAUGAUUAACGGUCAGUGUGUGACCUACUCGAUCGUCAGUGGACCCUGUUCAGCGGACGCCCAGUGCAUAGGUGGAUCUACGUGUCAGAACUCCAUCUGUCAGUGUCCAUCGGGAUACACCGCUAUGUAUGGCUUCUGUAUCCGAGACCCAGCCAGUGCUCAAUGCAGUAGUAACGAGGUAAGUAAAUUCAUUUGGUCUCUUUCCAUUUUCCUUCCUUGCCUUCUCAAAGCGAGAAAUAGUGAGCAUUCACUGUUUGGACGGCCUUCCGACCCACAUAACUCUUGGGUUCUAUUGUAG